GUUGGUCUAUAACAAUUAAUAAAGCUGUUUCGUUCCACAGGUGCCCCCAUUUUCCAAUGGCACCAAAAACACAGAGAUUAGAAUUCAGGCGAGAAGGGGAUCAAGGCAAAGAAGAAUAAUAGAAGUAUCAAAAUGGCAAGCCAAAAAUGUAUGGAAAUGGAAGGAGAAAUCAAGAGCUUAAUGAAGGUAUGGAUUUCAAUCCUAGCCUCCCUAUGUUACUGUUAUUUCAUAUCAUCAAGGGUACCCAAAGGCUUGUUGAGGUUUUUGACCCUCUCCCCAGUGUUGUACCUAUUCACCAUCCUACCUCUUCAACUCACCACUGUCCUCCCAACAGGUGUCACUGCCUUCUUCAUCACUUGGCUCACCAACUUCAAACUCCUCCUCUUCACUUUUGAUUUGGGCCCUCUCACACCAAACUCAAACUCCCUUCUUCACUUCCUCUCUUUUGCAUGCCUCCCAAUUAGACUAACCCCCUUAAAUUCAAAAUCAAAAUCAAAAUCAAAAUUAAAAUUGCAUUUCAUUAUUUUUCCAAUCAAGGUCUUUCUUUUCAGUCUCUCACUCAUGAGCCUUAAAGAUCAAUACAAACAAAAACUUCACCCUACAAUUAUUUUGGGCAUAUAUUGUACCCUUCUGUAUCUUUUAAUGGAUGUUGUUUUGGGACUAUGCAACAUUGUGGUCAAUGCUGCAUUUGGGAUUGAGCUUCAGUUGCCGUCGGAUGACCCUUAUUUGUCAACUUCUUUGCGUGAUUUCUGGGGGAGAAGGUGGAACCUCAUAGUAACAUAUACUCUGCGUCACACUGUAUACAAACCCGUGAGGUCAUUAUUAAUGUCCAAGACCGUGUUGGGCCCCCAGUGGGCCUCGGUGUCCGGAGUCAUGGCAACUUUCUUGGUGUCUGGUCUAAUGCACGAGCUGAUUUUCUACUACGUCACACGUGUUAGUCCCACGUGGGAGGUCACGUGCUUCUUUUUGCUCCAUGGGGUGUGUGCCGUUGCGGAGUUUGGUGCGGUGAAGUGGUUGGGCGCUAAAUGGAGACUGCAUUGGGCCUUGUGUGGGCCCAUUACGGUGGCGUUUGUGAUAGUCACCGCCGCGUGGCUCUUCUUUCCACCGUUGAUGCAUGAUGGCACAGAUGAGAGAACCAUCAAGGAGUUCAACGAUGUAGUUGAGUGUGUGAUGGGAAAAUUUUACUAGUCCCAUUUCAUUGAACAUUAUAUGUUUCUAUUAUGUCAAAUUUUCCAUUAUUCACAUAUGCAUAAAAAAAAGUUACAAUGAAUAAAAUCAAUCUUAAAAAAUUAAAAAAAAA